GUAUCGCGAACGACCACGCGGCUGGCAAUACGAUGAUUUACAAUUAGAGUAGCCGACGAGGUGACGUCUUCGCAAUUUCAUUGCUGCAUUUAUCGCAUUGGUACCUUGCAAUUAUUGAUAACGCGCAGACUCCUAAGUAUGUCCGAAACCGAGAUCUCGAAAUUUAACAAUUUUAUUUCACUCGUUGAAUUGUUGUUUACUCGAGUGUUACAAAAUAAUUAUCAAUAAUUUCAGUUUCACGCUUGGAAGAUCAUUCUAUUUUUAGCGACGCGAUUAAACGAUUUUUGGUUUAACGAACGGUAUAUAGAUUUGUCGAGAAAAGUGAAGGCAUCAUGUCGAUUUUGAUCGUGAUUAUGAUUUCUAUGAUGAUGGUAGUAAUAGUUGACUGUUACGAUGUACGCGAAAAUGACAGAGCUCCGCGUUUGACAGACGGUCCACGGCACUUCCGGCAAACGAAGGAACCUCGUGAAAAACGGGGACAUGUUGAACAAUGUCGUGACUCGCAGUUUCGUCGAUUUUUGCGCGAGGAACAAUUGGGUCAUGUGAAUGUUUUUGCGUUCUUAGAUCCUUCCUGGUACUAUAGCUAUCGGCAAUUCAUCAUGCUGGAAUUGCUAAAGAAAAGAUUAGAAAAAUCGGGAUUUUCAAACAUUUCGUUCUUCGUGGUGACGCCGUCGUCAUACUUAUUGAAAGACAGCACGGAGAGCAGUUUAGAGAUAAAAGCUUGGAAGGAAGUGUCUAAAAAUAUGAUGGAAUCCGAAUACUUUUUGGACACGGAAGAAGCAUUGUUUAAUGAUCCAAGCAGAAAGGAGAACGAGAUCGUUUUUCUUCGAGAUGAUGGCGAGUUGGGCAUUUGGGAAGAUUUUCGCGCUGCGAAAGACGAAGUAGCAAUCAUCGAUCGUUGCGGAAAAAUAGCUUAUCAAAUCAUAAUACCUUGGAGUAUACUCUACUUCCCUUACGUUAAAGCUGCCAUUCUUUCCACUUAUAGAGAGAAUCCGUGUGGUCUUUGCGAAGUAAACUUGUCAACGGUUGAUUCAUUGAAUUACGAACAAUAUCGUUUAAAAAAUAUAAAUUUGGGCGAAGGGCAGAUAGAUAAUACUCGCAAUAUGCAUACAGAAGGAACGUUCACUGAUGUAGAAGCUUCAAUUUCUUUCGAUGAAUCAAGAAAUAUGACACAUAAUAGAAAUGCAAGCACCAUAGUUCCAUUAAAUGGAAGUACAUAUGAUAGCACAGUUUAUAAUAAAACAACAGAAACGGCAAUUGUGCAGAAAGGAAAGAGUAAAAAUGUACCAAAUAAUGACAGUGUAAAUGAAAAAAAUGAACAAAGUCAAGAACACAUAGCAAGUACGAUAUCGGAUUCGGUAACGACUGAAAUUUAUGCAGAAAAUCAAGAUAACAUUCAUAGGAACAAUAAUAAUUCAUUUCUUGAGAGUACCGAUCCAGACAGUAAUUUAACAACAAAUUACACAGAUGGGAGUGAAUCUGAUAUUAGUUUAAAGAAGGAAGAAGGAGGACAAAAAGAUGAGAGCGCAGAUCUUAGAACAUCACAAGAACAAAAAGAUAAAAUAUUUCCUCUACGUAUAAUAUUAUAUGCUCCGCAUUUACACGAAGAAAAUGGAACGUUACAAAAGUACACUCACUCAGUUCUGAAAACAGGAAGUCCUGAUUAUCACGAUCAUUUUCAUACUAAGACUAUUGAUCACAAGUCAGUAGUAGUAAAGAAGCCAGAUCAGGCGGCACUAGAUGACAAAAAACUGAUUGAAUACGUGGAUACUAUAAAUGAGAAUCCAGGAGUAUAUGGAGAAAUUGCAGAUUACUGGCAAACAGAUGAAUCGAAUAAUGAGAAUGAAAAUACGGAGUUUACAGAUUACGAUUAUACUACGGUUGAGGAUGUCGACGAUACAAUUGAUAAUAGCAGUAUAUUAAAACCAAAUAAUGUUGCUAUAGUUAAUUCGGAAACCGAUACUAAAGAGAACAAUUUUAUGCCACGAACGUUAAUCGAACAUUACAAUAAAUUACUCCCUUGGAUUUACUAUAUCUUUUAAUAAAUCAAUCAUACUUACACUGAAUAGGGAUGAAAUACAGUGUGUAUAUCUACAUGUACGGUCAUAACUACACGUUAAUGUAAUUAUAAAAUAGAGAAAUAAAAGAUAUUAUCUGUAAAAGUUA